ACAUGAGGCAGAAGGGAUUUGAGUGGGAGGUGCACAGUUCACCAGUCACAGGCACGAGCGCUCUUUCUGUGCAAGCCGGUGCGUGCGUGCAUGCGCGUGUGUGUGUGUGUGUGUGUGUGAGAGAGAGAGAGAGAGAGAGAUAAAGCGCUGCAGAACGCUGCAACACACCGACAUUCGGCGUUCUAGAACAGGAAGACUUUUAAUCUAAACUUCAAAAAAGAUUUAAAUUAGAAUUUUCAAAGUCAAUCCGAAUUCUUUUCCUUUGAUCCGGUUGUUGUCGUUAUUUCUGCUCACACCUGGCUGGAAAAUCGUUACAUCAGUCGGAUAUUCUUGUGUUGUUUGUUUCUGUUGGAAUAAACAGCAUGCUGAAGUUCAUCCACGCGCGUAAACACACAAUGGAGUGAUUUCCGAAGUUUUGAAGCACCUAGAAGGAACCGAGGACGCUUCACGAUGUCCCAAGCCGAAGUGCACGCUGCAGGAGGACUCGCGUUCUCCAAGCUUCCCCCGAGCUUCGACGCUGAUCCGUUCCUCUCCACACGCCCGGCGCUCAGGCGGCGGAGACACUCCGCGAGCUCGAGGCGGAACGCGUUCAGGUUGAACAAAAUACCCACGGCGGAGGACAGCACCAGCACCACCACGGGAUCCUCACGAGAGCGCGUCUCACCUGUCCUGAGCAAAACGCUCUCCUGGUCUGCGGACGACAUUUUAUCCGCCGAGCAGAAGAAGAGGAAGAAAAUCACCGCAGGAGACGUGGUGGUGGCGGCGGCGGCGGCGGACAAGCAAAGCGCGCGCUCGUCCCGCUCCAGCUCGAGCUCUCCGCCGUGCCGCGCGCCGCGCAACACCGACAGCGUCGCACCGAAGCAGCGCACGAGCGCCACGGCGCCGCACGGCAGCACCGACUCCGAGGAGGAAUGCGCGACCAAGAAAGCGGCCGAGAUCAACAAGUGGGAGCAGGAGAAAGAGGACGAGGUGGAGACCAAAGCGGUGGCCACAUCACCGGACGGGAGGUUCCUCAAAUUCAACGUGGAGAUCGGGAGAGGUUCCUUCAAGACCGUCUACAAAGGACUGGACACCGAGACCACGGUGGAGGUCGCGUGGUGCGAGCUGCAGACACGGCGGCUGAGUAAAGCGGAGCGACAGCGCUUUAGCGAGGAGGUAGAGAUGCUGAAGGGGCUGCAGCACCCCAACAUCGUUCGCUUCUAUGACUCCUGGAAGUCCACUGUUAAAGGUCACAAGUGCAUCAUCCUGGUUACUGAACUUAUGACUUCAGGAACACUCAAGACAUACCUGAAGCGGUUCAAAGAGAUGAAGCUGAAACUUCUACAGCGCUGGAGCCACCAGAUCCUGAAGGGCCUCCACUUCCUGCACACCCGCACCCCACCCAUCAUCCACCGGGAUCUCAAGUGCGACAACAUCUUUAUCACAGGACCCACUGGAUCUGUCAAGAUUGGAGAUUUGGGUCUGGCGACACUUAAGAGCGCCUCCUUCGCCAAAAGCGUCAUCGGAACUCCUGAAUUCAUGGCUCCGGAGAUGUACGAAGAGAAGUACGAUGAGGCAGUGGAUGUUUACGCGUUUGGGAUGUGCAUCCUGGAGAUGACUACGUCGGAAUAUCCAUACUCGGAAUGCCAGAACGCAGCCCAGAUCUACCGCAAAGUCACCAGCGGCAUAAAGCCAGACAGUUUUUUCAAAGUGAAAGUCCCGGAGCUGAAGGAGAUCAUCGAGGGCUGCAUCCGCAUGAACAAGCAUGAGAGGUACACCAUCCAGGACCUGUUAGAGCAUCCAUUCUUCCAGGAGAACAACGGCGUCCAUGUGGAGCUGGCUGAAGAGGACGACAUGGUGAAGUCCGGCCUGAAGCUCUGGCUCCGGAUGGACGACACCAAGAAGCUCCACGGCAAGUACAAGGACAACAACGCCAUCGAGUUCCUGUUCGAGCUCUACAAGGACGUCCCUGAGGAGGUGGCCCAGGAGAUGGUGGUGCUUGGUUUUGUGUGUGACGUUGAUUACAAGCUGGUGGCCAAAGCCAUCCGCGACCGUGUCACCGCCAUCAAGCGGCAGCGUGAGAAGCUCCGCCGGCUUGCAGACGAGGAGCAGAGGAGGCGCCAGGACGCUGUCAUCGAGGAGGAACCCGAGUCCGUUCCCGAGUCGGACCCCCCCGUGUCGAACCUCCCGCCUCUUCAGCUGCAGAUGUCAGCAGAGAGCGGUGUGUUCAGCCCGGUCCAGAUGACCCCCACCGUGACCGUCUCCGCACCGCUCCUGUCCACCGCUAACAGCUCUAUGGACUCGGGGAUUAAUGCCAGCUUCACCACCGAGCCAGAGGAACUGGACGCAGAGCAUCAGCCGCACUACAACAUCCACCAAGCCUGCUACUCCUCCGCCACGUCGGAUUGUGAAACGGAUGGCUACCUCAGCCCGUCCAGCCUCCAAGAGCUGCCUGAGGCUUUGUGCUCCACACCAAGCUCCACCCCCACAUCCAAAGCCCCACCCACUGAGUUAAAGAACACCGAUGCCCCAGUGGUUGAAUCUCCACCCACAGAAGCUUCGUCUGAAAACAACGGUCCAAUCCCAGCACUCCGCUUUCCCUCAAGCAUCGCCGUAUCCCAGAAUUCCGAGCGAGCGCUCUCCAGCGGUGCCAGCGGCUUUUCGUCUCCCGUCGACAGUUACAACUCCGAUGUGACGUCUGGUUUGAGUGACGGGAACGAGGGCUUAUCAGAGAAGAGCAACAAAGUUCCCAGCAAACGGACCGGAAACAAACUGCUGAGGAAGAAAGCUCGGUCCCGGCUGCGUAUCACAGGGUUGUCAGAUAAGGUGGACCGGGUGGUGGAGUGUCAGCUUCAGACUCACAACAGCAAGAUGGUGACGUUUAAAUUUGACCUGGACGGAGACAAUCCUGAGGACAUUGCCACCGUCAUGGCACAUAACGAGUUCAUCCUCCCGUCCGAGAAGGAAGGAUUCAUCCACCGCAUGAGGGACAUCAUCCGCCGCGCCGAGGCCCUGAUGAGGAGGGAGCCUUUAGAGCCGCUCGGGCCUGCAAACGUCCUCCGGCUGCCCUACCUGAGCGGAGCGGGAACGCUGUCAGGGUCUCAGCCCAACCUGCACACACAGGGGCUGGCACGCACACACUCGUCGUCCUCCCUGCCAGAUUACACUGCAGGUCAGGUAACUCAAGGCCCCUCCCCCGGGUUGGGCGGAGACUAUUACCUUGAUCCUGAUGCAGCUGUACCUGUGCGUCCGCUUCGCUCGCAGUCUUUCCACACCUCAGGUGCGAAUACAGGUCAUGUGACCCGUGGCUCCUCCCCCUUGUUGGGAGGAGACUUUUACCUGGACUCUGAUGUGGGACCACAUAUCCGCCCACUCCGCUCUCAGUCCUUUCACACAUCAGGUUCGGCCCAGCCUCACGCUCCUCCUAUGUCUCAUUACCCCCAAUAUCCCACACAUGAACCCCAUCCUCUACUUCCUAAUCAAGUACCUGCCAUGCCCCCUCAGUACCCCAACCCCCAGUACUUCCCCAAUCCACCCAACCCGUACCCCUUCAUGGUCAACCAGACUCCUCUUCAAUCCCCCAUCACACAAACACUAAACCUUCAAGGCGGAAGCAGCACCAACCUCACUCCAUACCUACCUCCUACACCUGCCCAACCUCAGCACUUGCUAGGCGAUGUGGUACAACCUGAAACCAGUGCUCUGCCGCCCCCUGGUGGCCACACCAUGCCUCCGAACGCACAGGCCCCAGGAGUCUGGCCUGGCCAUUCCCAGCAGCCGCUCAUCUCCCUGGCUAACAUGCUGUCGCUAGCCAUGACCAUGGCGCAGUCAUUUAUACCCCCUACAACCAUGCCGAACGGACUGCCCCAGGCUUACAUGCCCCCACUGGCAACCCAGUCACCCUACCCUGGCAUGUUUGGAGCCCAGCAUCCUUCAGCCGGUCAGAGAGAAGCUCCACUUCAACAAGACGUGUACCAGCAUCAGGAGGCUCAGGCAAGAGCUCAGGCUCCCUGUGCAACCAGCACUAGUCAAGAUGUGCCAGGAGUACCAGGGGCAGGUGGGCAGAUAGGGGUGAGCCCUCAGGAGGGGCAAGAGAAGAGUGCACCCCCCUCAUCAUCCUCAUCAUCAUCAUCGUCUGUACCAUCCUGCAACUUCACAGAGGUCUCCAGGUCAACCGCACCACAGGGCCCAGUAUCUCCACCCAGGCCCAGGAACACAUCCUCUCAGAGUGUGUGUGACGCCUCGGCUGCAGAAAAGCCGGCUCCUGUAUCAGAGGAGCAAAAACCCUGCCUCACCGUUGGACGCUUCCUGGUCACUCCCAUCACAGCCGAGACUACACCAACAUCCAAUCAGAACAGCCAAUCCGAGAGCAGCACCGAGGAGCAGGGCGAAUCAGAGUCCAGCCGUAGCGCCGGCUCCGUGGCGCCUCCUAACAAACCCUUAGAUGUGGCCCAGGGGGUCGCCCCCUGCUGGAGUGAAGGGGCAGCAUCCUCUGGGAGUAAAGAGCCAGAUGAUGAGCAGGAGACGGAGGAAGAGGAAGAGAAAGAGGAGAAGGUGGGGGAGGAAGGAGGUGGAGAGGAAGGCAGAGAGGGCGGGACGAGGCAGAGGAGGAUCAGCGUGAGCCUCCUGGACGGAAAAGUGAUCGGAAACGUGAGCCAGCCGUGGAUUAGCUACACACGCAGCACCUCGUACGCCAGCAGCGACGAGACAGAGAGUGACAACGAGGACAUGUGGGAGGAGCUACAGGAACUCCGUGAAAGACACCUUGGGGAGGUCCAGGCUCUGCAGUCGUCUCAGAAGCGAGAGAUUGAGGAGCUGUAUGAGAAGAUGGGAAAAGUCCCUCCCCCGGGCAUCGUGUCUCCGGCGGCCAUGUUGUCCAGCCGACAGCGACGUCUCUCCAAGAGUGGAGGCUUUCCGUCCUCACGCAGGAACAGCCUUCAGAGACUCGACAUUCUGCCCCCUGCAGGUAUUAUGAGGAAGAACUCAGUUAGCGGCAGUAGUAACGGCUCUCAGGAUCGAGCGGCUAAAGGAGUGACCUUCGCUUCAGACUACAGAGUGUGAUCCUGUUCCAUCGUCCCGGUCAAACCAGCUGACAGGAAGUGACAUCUCCAGCCAUGUCUUGAGCUGUAACGUUGCUCCAGGUGGAAAGAAAAGGUCCCAGGCCUGCCAGUGUGAGUCUGGAUGAAAGGAGUCAGAGUGUGUUCUCUGAGUGAGAUGCCAGAGGAGUGGUAGUGAGCAUGCUCAGUGUGUGAGAAUCAAAACGUUCAGACUUCACGAGUCGUAUUCACAAAGAGUCUUAGUGCUAAUGCUUAAACCAUUAGGUGAAGGGGCGGGGUCCAUCAGUCACAUAAAACAUUAACCGUCAUUUGCUGAUGCAGUGAUGAUAAAUAAUGUCAGAAAAAAAUAAUUCUAAUGAUAAAAUUGAGAAGCUUUUAGCGCAUCACCUGAAGGUCACAUGGUCAAACUCCAGUAAUGCCAUUAGCACUAAACAGACCACGCCCCUGGGUCGGAGGGGCAGAGUCUCGCUCCUGCCAAUAAUGGUGCCAGCUGUCAUUCAUGGGUAUCUGUGUGGUCGUGUAUGCAAAAGAGAGCGGACAGCUCUUCUGUCCAUGUGGGUUAUGCUGCUCGGUGACGUAGCAGAAAACUACAACGCGAACUCGUGCACAAAGCUGCGUAACAUCGCUUUUGAGAAAACACUGUUACCUUUACUUGUGUAACCAGUGGAUCUGCAGUUCAGUUAACAAAUCAAAAACAGAUUUACACAAUCCUUAUGAAGGGCAUCGGACGGAAGCACAUCAUCAGACUGAUUUUUUUUUAGCAUGAUUUUAUUGUUGGGUUUUUUUGUGCUGUCUAAAAAAUGUGUUAGAUUAGAUUUUCUUGUUAAAUAAAAUUUUUUUUGUUACAUUAGACACUUUUUAGAUUCCAUUUUGUUAAUUUAUUUUUUUUGUUGGAUUAUUUUUAAAUUUAAUUAUUUAAUGAGACUCAAUUUUUUUUAGAUUAAUUUUUUUUUUUUAUUAUUUAUUCGUUAGAUUUUUGUUUUUGCUCAAUUUUUGUUACAUUUAGCAUUUUUGGUUGAAAUAGUUCUCAUUUCAGGUUAAAUUUUUUUUUGUUAGAUUAGAUUUUUAUUAGAUUAAAAAAUUUGGCCUAAAUUUAGAUUUAAAGUUAGAUCCUUUUUUUCUUUCAUCACACCAAUUUUUUGGUAGAUUAACAUUUUGCCUUUUUUAUUUGGUAGUCGUUGUUGCUGUAUUUAUUCACACUUAGGAAACGUUCUAUAGUGGCAAUUUAAUCAGUUAUAGUCAAAAGCAAAUUAUUAAGGGCAUGAACUUAAUCAAUAUGUUAAAUCAUCUACUAAAGCCACUGAUUACGAUUGUUUUUUAUUUUGUCUUAGUGGUUUCAGAGGUUUAAGACCUAAUUAUAGAGCUCGAAAUCUUCUACACUAAAAACAAAUAAUUAAUAAAAGGAAAAUCACAUAUUUAAAUUAAGGAUUAGGAAUUUCCUCUCGAAGAAGUUGAACAAAAAUAAAUAAUGGCAAAAACUGGUAUGUUCAUGUCAAUCUUAUUAAUGGAGUUAAGUACAUUUACAAACUUUAUUUAUUUUCAUGAAAUUAAUACAAGAGCAAAAUAAUUGUAUUUGUUUGAGAGUAGAGAAAAAUUUCCCAAAACUGUGUGUUAGCAUCUAAUUAGCCGGUCAGCCAUUCAGCAUUCAGAUUCUUUGAAAAUACGACUCUUGGUUGGAGACCUGCAUGAGAGGAGCCGCUCUAAAUACGCUUCAUCUCUCGCACUCUUCCCUCACGUUCAGUGUUCUUGUCUGAGCGGAAACAGCUUCACACGACUCAGUGUCUUAAACCAGCAAGCUACAAAUUUCUCUCACAGUAUCCUGAUCACAGAUGUGUAACAAAACAACAGCCCCAAAACCACCCAUGUACAGUUUUAACUAUAAUCGUCUUCUGUUGUAAACUAUUCUGAUAAACAUCUCUGAUAAACAAGUGGAAUGACACACACGCUUUACGUAGGUUCAUGCUUCACGUCAAACUGUACGCAACAUCCCUGAGGGAGA